AUGACAUCUAUUAGUUUUUGGAAUUGUAGGGGAGCAAGAAAAAGUAAAGCUUCCCUAUGUCCAAGGGAGUUCAUCAGAGAUCAUGGUGAAUUCUUUCUUGGAUUGAUAGAGACUAAGUUGACAAUUAUUGAUAGCAAGCUUAUUAAGGUGAUGUUCGUUGAAGGUUGGGAUUUCUUUUAUGUUCCUUCUAAAGGCCUAUCGGGAGGUAUUUUGUUGAUAUGGAAACAAGGGAUGGCUUCAUACAAAGUGGUGGAAGCAUCAACACAGUUUGUGGUUGGUGACCUUGAUGUUCUCAACAAAGGUACUUGGAGAGUAGCAACUAUAUACGGGAGUAAAGAUGUGUAUAAAAGAAGGCUGCUUUGGGACGGUAUAGAUCAUCUCAUGGUUAAAGAUAUUCCUAUGAUUAUAGGAGGAGAUUUCAAUUGCUUGUUGUCUAAGGAGGAAAAGAAAGGAGGAAGGAAGUUUUUUUUUAGUAUGGGGACUAAGGAGAUGAAGUCUUUUAUCUCUUGUAAUGAUUUGCAUGAGGUUUCUUGUGUUGGUCCCAAGUUCACUUGGUGUAAUAACAAGAAAGGAGCUGAAAGGAUCUUGGAAAAAUUAAUGGAAAGGCAUCUGGGAAGGAUUGCCUCGGACCAUAGUCCGAUCUUACUGAACUUGCUGAAUUUCAGUUCUUCAGCCAGGAAAGUUAUUAGAUUCAAAGAGGUUUGGACUUCAAUUCUAUCUUCUACAGCUAUUGUGAGAGAAUCUUGGAGAAGGAAAGCACAAGGAGAUCCCGCUCAAGUAUUAAACCAAAAAAUGAAAAGAACCUUAAGGAAUCUUCACUAUUGGAGUAAAGCUAAGUUUAAAGAGCUUAGUGUUUCUAAAGAAGAGCUAAAAGAAGAUAUUAUGGGUUUAAAGGAGAAGGAAGCUGACGUUGGAGAGCUUUUGGAGGAGGACCAAUGGAAUAUGAAAGCAAAAACAGAGGAGCUCAAUACUGUUUUAGCCGGUUCAAUACAACAUGGAGACAACGUGCUAAGAUUAAGUGGUUGGUGGAUGGGGAUGCAAAUACCAGAUUCUUCCAAGCUUUUGCAAGUGCUAGGAGUAAUUUAA